GCGGAUUUUUCCAGCCAUGUUUUAGCGGUAGCACAAUUCACUGUGUCUGUGGAGGGGCCGUGCGAUCAGGCGAGCAGAUUUUUGUGUGGUCUGAGUGUGAAGACAACCGGGCUCACCAGACAACCCUUGUACGGGUUUAUGGCUGUAACCAGAACCAGAUGAGAGUUACCAAAAACACAUACUACGAGGUAAAGGUCCCUAAUGGUAUGAUGGUAAAAAUGAAAUCAGGCUAUAUCACAAUCACCCCAUCAGCGUCAGAUCUAAACCAAACUACAGGACUGUGCGGAAACUUCAAUGGCGAUGGAGAUGAUGAGCUCAUUGACCCGAAUGGAAAUAAACACGAUGAUUGUCAAUGUUGUAAUGAAUACGGCAUUACCUGGAAGAUUGUAAAUGCUACAGAGUCAUAUUAUGGGUACCCCGACCACAACCUACCACCAGCAGGUAAAGGCAGAUGUGCUUGUAAUACCUCCACAACCUCUCAAAUCAUCAAAAAUGUCACCUGUUCUAACGUGCCCGAGGAGGGUUGCGGCACCCAAGAUCCUGAUGUGACAGAAGAGUACUGUACGCAGAUCCCCGGGUCAUCUUCCGGACGGAGAAAGAGACAAGCGGAGGAUACCGAGGGGCUGAAUGACGACGACGUCAGGCCCGCCUUCCCCACUUACAACGUCACCCCCGUUUGAGGUAAGCUGAAAACACUAGAAUGGGAUGUGUUUACAUAUAACUACUCAUAAAGGUGCUCUCUGUAAAUUUUGUUCUUCAUAUAUUUUAUUAAUCAUAUCUGCUAGCCACCAGAAUGGACCAACGGUUGGACUGAGGAAAAGGCCAGGCGUCACUGUCUCCAGUUCUAUGAAAAAUCCCCGGCAUUUGACCCCUGCUCAAAAGUCAGUAACCUGGAUAUGGAUCUUCAGAUCGACUUUUGUGCCAUGGACAUACUACUUACUGGGACCACAGAUUGGACCCUUUCUUCUUUGGAGAUUUUCAAGGACAAGUGUAUAUCUGAAGUUCGUAAGAACACGACUUUAUGGGAGCCGGAGAAUAAUGAAAAAUCUAUGCUGACAUUAGUCUUGGAAUCAAGCUGUCCAGGAGAGUGCUCUUUUCACGGUGAUUGUUUAAAGGGAGAAUGUCAGUGUGAAGCCGGCUGGAUCGGGGACGACUGCUCUAUUGACAUGAGCCGACCACCGCAAGUGUUGGGGUUGCCGAAGAAGGGUCUAUGUGACAUCCGGAAUCGUAAAUGUGACCGGACCUUGGUGUACGGGAAAAGGUUUGCUCGCUCUGAGUCCCUCACGUGCAAGUUUGAACAAGUGUAUGUGGGCAAUGGAACAACCGUACGCGAGGCCCCGACAACUAUUUUGAGCACGAAGGCAUACUUCCGGCAUUCUGACGAGAUCGUGUGCUCCCUGCCCAGUAAUGUUACAUUGGGCACUAAUGAGGAGGGAUUUCCUGUUGGAUAUUUCCUGUCUGUGAGCAACUACAACGCAAUGUUCAGCCAGGACUUGCUCUUCCUGCCGUAUCAUUCCGAAGAGUUCAUCUGCUCGAUAAUCGGGAUGGAUGCUAGCUGUGAGAAGAUAAAGGUCGGUUCCGGCCAUUCUACCACAGACGGCAUGGAUGUUGGUGGUGACCAGAAAGAGGACGAAAAAGAGCCAAAAUCUGGAUCUCCAAUCGAUCAGACACCCUCUUUUUUCAUAGUCAUGUUAAUUUGCGGGAUGAAGUGGGCAUUGGCAUAGGCUGACGUGCAGGAUCGACUAAGCUGACGACAACCAAGUGAACGACAACGACCAUGGGAACGACAACGACUAAGGGAACGACAACGACCAAGGGAAGGACAGCGACGAAAGGAACGAAAACGACCAUGGGAACGACAAUUACAAAGGGAAUGACAACGACCAAGGGGAAAAUGGCGAAUAAGGGCAGGAUGCGAACAAGGGAGCGACACCAAACACUAAUGUGUUUUAUAUAAAUGUAUCUAACUGUAUCACAUAAGCACUUUGGCUUAAAAUGUCUCAAUCGACAAAUUAUACCAAUACAUGUAGAAUAUGUGAAAUGACAUAUAUCGUUUUGCACCAUCUGAUGAUAUGCGCUAUAUACAAGUUUUAUAACGUUUUCUUUCCAGUUUUUAUUGUUUUGAGUCUAAAUUUGUUUGUCCAUGCUGAAAAUUCGUCAUGAGCAGAAAAUUUACGUGUCUGUAUUGCUUUUACUGAUGCCAAAAAGACCUGCUGAAAAUAGGCUUAGCUUUUCGCCUUGCUCACGUAUACCACUUACCACGGACGCGCAAGAGGGUUGGCAGUUCACCAUUGAAGCCGAAGGAAUAACGUUAAAGUAGCUUCAUGUACCACAGCGUUCCAACUGAUGCUAGUAUAUGAAAGAUAUUGCCCCGCUUAAAAUUCGUGUAGCAUAAUUGUACAUGGGGGGGGGGGUGUUACUAUAUAGUGAAUUGAACAGCUGCACUGAAGGGAACCAGCAUAUAGUGAAUACAAACUGCUAUAAACACUGUGUAUGAGGCUCAAUCUGGGAAUGUGUAUAUAUCAGAUACCGGUUAAGCUACUUGUCACGCAAUAUCCUCAUGUGGGCAGGUUUCACAAAGCCAUAUCGGACUCGAGUCCAAAAAGUUUUACUUUCUUACGUAACAAGCGGGAUACUCAAACUUGACUGAAAUUCUGCUAUCAUAUAUGAGGCAUGAAAUCGGCGAUAAAAAUGUAUCGCUUAAUUGCAAUUAUUUAAGAGUUUAAUUUAGAUUACAACUAUAGCCUGAAAUUGUGGAAUGGUGAAACACACCCCUGUGUAUUUUAUUAUUUGUAUAAUAUAUUCCUGAUGGACCGAUAUAUUUUUGUGAGAUUUUCAUUCGCCGACUUAUAUUUGCAUGUUAGACGUAUAUUUUGUUUUAUUACCUAAACUAUUAUUCUCAGGCCACAUGGUUUGACUUAGUACACUGAGGUUAAAUCUGGUAUAAAUAUGACUGGUGAAUACUACAUACACGAAGAGGGUGUACAGCUGUCCGAGAGAAACAAAUCUUGCGUGUUUGAAACAUAUAGAAUCAAUAGUAUUAAACCAUUUAUUA